AUACUGAAUGCGCAAAUGCAGCCAAACGAAUCAAUAAACAAGAGAUCUGAAGUAUCUCCGCCUUUUAUGUAUAGCCUAACUGUGACUUUUUUUGUCUUAACGUAGUCGUCGUAUUUUUUUCUUUCUUUUUCCUUCUUUCGUCUCUUUUUUUUCUUAGAAAAAAAAUACAAAUGGGUGGACACAGAGUUUAUAUCGGUCGUCUUCCUCGCGACGCCAAUAGAAGAGAUCUUGAAGAUCUCUUUAAAGACUAUGGCAGAAUUCUUGACGUCACAGUUAAAACUGGAUUUGGUUUUGUUGAGUUCCAAGACAAAAUUGACGCUGAAGACGCUGUUCAUGAUGUGCACGACACGAAAUUUAUGGGCCAAAGAAUCAUUGUUGAACUUGCUAUGAGUCGCCGUCGUCCUGAACGUUCUGAAAAUCGAGACACUAACCGUAUCAUCGUCAAGAACAUUCCCUCAAAGACCACUUGGCAGGACCUCAAAGACUUUAUGCGCAAAGCUGGCCGUGUCACAUUUGCUGAUAUCCUCAAGGACCGUGAUGGUGAAGGUGUUGUUGAAUUUGCUCGUCGUGAUGACAUGAAAUAUGCCUUAAGAGAACUCGAUAAUGAAAAGUUGAAUGGCACUCGUGUCACUCUUGAAGAAGCUGGUCGUAGCAGAAGAAGAUCUUCCCGUGACCGACAUCAAGCGUGAAGAUGUUACAAUUGAUGUUCCUUUGAAUGAUGGUGACUAUAUCAAGGACCAGGAAGAUUCCUCUAUGCGCUCUC